AUGAAAUUCCUAAUAUUUGUAGCACUGCUCGCCGUACUUCUCGGUUUCGGUUAUCUAAAAUUCGAUGAAGUGACACGUCCACUGCCGUUACCAAAAUUCGAUACUAAUAAAUAUUGGGGACCCGGAGAUGCAUCGAAAUAUAAAGAGGACAAAACAGUUAAGCCAUUUACGAUUAAAGUUGAGCCAGAGAUCAUUACCGAUUUGCAAAAACAAUUAAACCGCACUUUAAAAUUGACAGAGCCACUGGAAGGUGUGAAAUUUGAAUAUGGCUAUAAUACCGAUGCAAUGUCACAGGUUGUAACAUACUGGCGUGAUACCUAUUUAGCUAAAUGGCCAGAACGUGAAGCUCUGCUGAAUAGUUUGCCUCAAUUUACAACCGAAAUUCAAGGAUUAAAAAUCCAUUUCAUUCAUGCUAAACCCAGUGCUGAAGCUUUGCAAAAGAAAAAGGUGUUGCCACUUCUUUUGUUGCACGGAUGGCCCGGCUCAGUCAGAGAAUUUUACGACUUCAUACCCAUCCUAACCGAACCAGCUGAGAUGAAUGAUUAUGUUUUUGAAGUUAUUGCACCAUCCUUAGUCGGUUAUGGCUGGUCAGAUCCUGCCCGUAAAGUAGGAUUCAAUUCUGCCGAGAUGGCCAUUGUUAUGCGCAAUCUUAUGUUGCGUCUAGGAUUUGACAAAUUCUUAGUGCAAGGUGGAGAUUGGGGUUCCAUUAUUGGUAGGGAUGUUGCCACCAUCUUCCCGGAAAAUGUUUUGGGUUAUCACUCCAAUAUGUGUGUGAUGCAAACUCCUCUGGCCAUUAUGAAGAGUAUUGUAGCCAGCAUUUGGCCUGAAAAAUUCCUUCCUUCCCGCUUUUUCCACGAUCAUCACUUUCCCCUGUCUGAGAAGUUGAAAUUCUAUUUGGAGGAAAGUGGUUAUUUCCAUAUUCAGGCUACUAAACCCGAUACUGUUGGCACAGCUCUUCUAACUAAUCCCGUCGGACUUGCCGCCUACUACCUGGAGAAAUUCCAAUCGGCAACUGGCCCCGCUAACCAACAACGUUUUGAUGCCAUUAGCAAAGUUUACACUUUCGACGCAGUUUUGGACAAUAUCAUGAUUUAUUAUUUGACCAACAGUGCCACCACAGCUGCCCGAUUCUACAAGGAGAAUAUGUCGAAGACGUAUUUGGGAUUGCAAUUGGAACGUGUUCAAACACCAGUUCCAAUGGGCUGUGCCCGUUUCCGGUUUGAUUUGCCACCAGCCCUCGAUUGGCAGCUGUUGGACAAAUUUCCCAACUUGAUUCACAGCAAAUACUUUAACCAAGUUGGCCAUUUUGCUGCUUUGGAAGCACCCGUUAUGCUGUAUAUCGACUUUGCUGAAUUUGUGAAUAAAAUUGAAUUCAAGUAG